UGGUACAUGUUCUACAACUGCUACAUACUGCAAUGCAGUUUUGGUUUGUUUUUGUUUCGGUGAUGUUGUACGCCCUAAGUGACAGAGCGAAGUUUUAUUUUUGUAACGAAAAACGUUAACUAGUGGCUUUUAAAAUUGUCAUUAGUUUUUUAACGGUGCAUAUUUGCUACAUUUGUGAAUUGUGGGUACGAAACAAAAGCUAAAAUAAACAGCGCGUAAGAAUUUAGAAAUAUAACAAAAUCCCAAUUACAACUAAUCUAGUGAAACAAGUGUUAGUGGUUAAUUAGCACCAAUGUUAAUAAAUGUACAGAAAAUUAUACAUAAUCGAAAGUUGAUUUAUCUGUGAUAUUUACAAUUAUUUUUUUAAUUAACACGUCAAAAUGACUGUAACUUACACCGGCGAAGUAGCUACUUGCCGUGGCUUUGGAACAUUUUUGAGGGUUUUAUCCAAAUGGCGCGGAAGCAUUUACAAAUUAGUAUGGCUAGAUCUACUGGUUUUCUUAUUAAUUUAUUAUAUACUAAAUUUAAUAUAUCGACUGCUUUUAGAUGAAGAUUCAAAAAGGGCGUUUGAAGGCGUGGUAAAUUACUGCAGUUUUCAUGGGAACGUAAUUCCAUUGUCUUUUGUACUUGGUUUCUAUGUAAGUGUUGUGAUGAAUCGUUGGUGGAAUCAGUACACAACGAUUCCAUGGCCUGACUCUAUAGCUGUGUUCGUGUCCGCGUCUAUACAUGGACAGGACGAGCGAGGGCGGCUCAUGCGGCGUACAAUAUUACGAUAUGUGUGCCUUUGUCUCACCAUGGUGCUCACUAUGAUCUCUCCUAGAGUUAAGAAACGCUUUCCGACGCUCGGAAAUUUGGUGGAAGCUGGUCUUCUGCUAGAAAAUGAGAUGGCAAUACUUGAGAAUUUAAACGAAAAAUUCCCUAAGCCUUCUAAACAUUGGUUACCCAUCGUAUGGGCAACAAGUAUAGUGACGAGAGCCCGGAAGGAGGGCAGGAUACGAGAUGAUUUCGCCGUAAAAACUAUAAUCGACGAAUUGAAUAAAUUUAGGGGACAAGCAGGUCUUUUGUUAAGUUACGAUACUAUAAGCGUUCCACUAGUAUACACUCAGGUAGUUACCAUUGCUGUUUACUCAUACUUUAUUACAUCUGCCCUGGGUAGCCAGUGGGUUGAUAACAAACUGCAAUCACAUAGCUCAUCAGUCUAUAUAAGUAAUAUAGACCUUUAUUUUCCCGUAUUCACAACAUUAGAAUUCUUCUUCUACAUGGGCUGGCUGAAAGUGGCGGAGUCACUUAUAAACCCCUUCGGAGAAGAUGACGAUGACUUCGAGGUUAACUGGAUAAUUGACAGAGAUUUACAGGUAUCUUACAUGAUUGUGGAUGAAAUGCACCACGAGCAUCCGGAGCUGAUCAAAGAUCAGUAUUGGGACGAGGUGUUCCCUUCAGAGCUUCCGUAUACCAUCGCCACUGAGAACCAAAGGGAGGAGCAUCCAGAACCUUCCACGGCGAGGGUGGCGGUACCACCCCGGCAGUGCAGUAUGGUCACGGUUGCGCCCUCAAAUGUCAAGAUCGACGAGAUGAUCCCAUCCAACACCGUGAGUUACAAGUUCGCCCCACCAGAGCAAUUACAAAUGAACGACGACGCACAAUCUGGGAUACACUUUAUCGUAUCCCGAGGGAGUAAGCGAGGGAAGAAGGAUGACAGGAAUUCGAUGGGUUCGAGCAAUUCUAUGUUGUCGUUACAACAACCGCCAAUGACCCGCGCCAACUCUGUCACCUCUAUGUUGAAGAGAUUGUUCUCGAAAGAUGAGAGGCAACAACCUGCUACGCCGGUUACGACGCAAACUGAUGGCGGAACUCGUUUCAUGAUAUCAGCUAGCAACCCGACGCUAAAUAAGCCAGCGACGGCGGGCGGCGGAAGCAUGAAGAUCGCGAAAGAAGUCAUCGAAGAAGUGGAUGAGCAAGCCACCAUCACUAGUAUGGCGAAACGGCCGGAAAACAGGCCGACAGUUAUGAGUUUGUUCGCGCAAGGACCCCAUACGCCGAGUGAGCCUGUCAACGUGCCCAUCCGAAAUUCUAACCAUAACCCCAAAGACACACGAUUGUCGACAUCAGCGCCGCCAUCGCAGUGGGCGCGAGCGGAAACUGGAGACGAAGGCGAUAUGAGCCCAGCUGCAAAGUCAUUAUACGCACAAGCAUCAUUCCCAAACAUGCGGCAGCGGCUGGAUAGCGACGUGGGUCCUUCACUGAGUGCCGCUGGCAGCCAAACGUUAUUGGAUGAAGUCGACGGCACAGAAAAUCCAGACAUGGAUGAUUUUGAUCGCCUGCGAAGUAUUCGCGAGCAACAUCGACGAGAAAAAUAUCUACAGAAACUAAUGGCUCGCUCUAUUAGCGCACAACAGCCCACUGGUAGCUUAGAAUUAAUAGACAAUGAUUUAAUAUUAGAAGAACUUAUUAAACAAUCGCAAAAACAAGACACAACGGAGGGUGACUCCAAAGAUGAGACAACUUGACAUAGCAUUUUUACGUGGGAUUGAAACAUCCCUUGAUUAGUCAGUAUUAAAAUUGUGAUACUUAUAUAAUUUAUUAUAAGUACAGCUUGAUGAACUAUGUUGAAACGAAGUGUUAUGUUUUUAUAUGCAUAACAACUAUGUAUAAAUUAAA